AUGCCACAAACACCAGCCCAGCGGCGCGCGAACGAAAAGCAUGCCCGUGGAGUUGAAAAGCGCAUGGGCAAGCCCGAAACCGCGUACAAAAAGAAAGAUGCUCGCAAAUCCCCCGUCAGCCUGGUAGCUGUCGGCCUUCUUAUCUUCGUUGUCAUUGCACCACUCUUUAUUGAGCAACUCAAGUUCAUUCCAGCUGUGUGGAACUUCUUCUUGAAUCUCUUGGCCAAGAUUGGAUUGGUCUCGAGAUAA